AUGGGAAGGCCUCCUUGCUGUGACAAAUCCAAUGUGAAGAGGGGUCUUUGGACACCUGAGGAAGAUGCUAAAAUACUUGCCUAUGUAUCCAAUCAUGGAACUGGAAACUGGACAUUGGUUCCAAAGAAAGCAGGGUUGAACAGGUGUGGUAAAAGCUGCAGGCUAAGAUGGACCAACUACCUAAGACCUGAUCUCAAGCAUGAUAGUUUUACUGCCCAAGAAGAAGAGCUCAUUAUUAACCUUCAUGGAGCCAUAGGAAGCAGAUGGUCUUUAAUUGCAAAAAGACUACCUGGAAGAACAGACAAUGAUGUCAAGAACUACUGGAACACAAAGCUAAGGAAGAAGCUUAUGAAGAUGGGAAUUGAUCCAGUGACUCAUAAGCCAGUAUCACAAGUCCUCUCUGACUUGGGAAGUAUUAGUGGCCUCCCAAACACCUCCAACCAAAUGGCUUUUGUGAACAAGGACUUGAUGAGUAACAUGUUACCAACAAAAACUGAACCAUCAGGUUCCAACAAGUCCAUGUUGGAGCACACACAAGAGGAUCAAGUUCCCUCAUGGGGGGAACACCAGGUUCCUUACCAAAUCAUCAACUCAGAAAAUGUCUUGAGUGAAGUUGCAUCCUCAACCUCAUCCUCAUCUUCCUCUAACCUCACACACUUAGGCUCACCAAAGUCCUACUCUUGCCAAACCACUCAGGCUCAUGUUGCCCCUCUUAAUUGUUCCUCCUUUGAUUGGAGUGAGUUUCUCCAAAGUGACUCAUUUGUGUGGUCUUUGAACCCCUCAGGUCUAAUAUUGCAAAGUGAAGCUGAACUUUCCAACAAUACCAAAAGCAAUAAUGGCCAUGACAAACAAGGAACUAGUAAUCAGGGUUCUGGGGUUGUUGCUUGUGGUACAAGCAUGCAACACCAAAUUAACAAACAGUGUGAAGGCCAUUCAUUUGUGGAUGGUAUUUUGGACAGGGAUAGUGAGAUAAGAGCAGCAUUCCCUGAACUUUUGGAUGCUUCUUUUGACUACUAA